AUGUGCUUACUGCAAAAUAUGCGGCGAUGUUUCUAUUCAUUGCUAAUGCAUUCCUAUUCGGCAUUUAUCUCGUUAUCUUACUUGUUUCCAUGGAAUACAUUACAUUUAUUUCGAUUGGUGUUUGGUACUUACUUAAACGACAUUGGAUUGCAAACAACAUCGCUUUGGCAUCGCCUUUUCAAUAAAGUUUUAAAUGGAAUUAUUCUACUUGGUGACCUCUGCAUUUAUGAUAUCUUCGGAUUUUUGGAACCGACGUUAUGA